CCAGAGAGAGAGAGAGGGCCCUUGGGAAAGAGUCCAAUCUAAAGAUCUUUCACGGGUCCCACACACCUUUUAUUGGCGUCGGUAACUGCAACUUCGCCGUCGCAGCGCCGGCAAAUUCCUUUCUUCUCAAUUGCGAAGUCCCUGCUUCCGGUUUACCUCAUCGCCGUCACGUUUUCCUCCGUUAUAGUUCCUUGCCUGAACCUCACUCUUUCUUUCUCCUUCCUCCUUUUCUCCUUCAUAACAGGAGGAAUUUUCAUGUUUUCUCUGGCGGAAUUGUAGCCGAUUCUCGCCGCUCUGAUCAUCUCGUCGAUGAUUUGAUGUUUCAUGUUUGUGAUUUAACUGGAGGAUAAUGAUCGGAGAAAGCUUAUUGAAUUUUGUUUAGUUCUCCUGAUUCUCUCUGUUUGUUUUUUGGGAUAGAACAUUUGUGGUGUCAAAUCUGAUAGCUAGAGCUGGCGUUCUGGUUUUGAUUUGAAGGACUGCUUCGUGUUUCUGUCAAUAUUUACACUGUUCAGGUGUGACGACAGAGGAUCGGAACUGCGAUUUCUGCAACUCUGCAGAGAGCAAUGACGGUGACGAAGAUUAUGCCGAUCGGUUCACAGGCUUACGGAGCAGCAUGUGCUAGGAACGACUCCGGUAGGCCGAUUUCGAAAUCUCGAUUCAAGAGACUCUUCGAUUUCCCUAGCGUGCUGCGGAAUUCAUCUGGGGCGGAGAAGCUCGCGCCUGCCGCCGUAGCUGGCGGCGAGGUUCCGUACGGUAAGGGAGGAUUUUCAACUAUAGCUGCCGAAUUCGAGCCGAGCUCGAUUUGCCUGACGAAAAUGGUUCAGAAUUUCAUAGAGGAGAGCAAUGAGAAGCAGACGCCUAAAGGCCUGAAAUGCGGGCGCAGCCGCUGCAAUUGCUUCAACGGAAAAAGCGACGACAGCUCCGACGAAGAAUUUGACUUCACUGACUUCCGGUCUGCCGAUUAUGUCCGAAAUCCUUCCUUUUGUGCCGACUCGUCCGAUUCUAUCAAGAGUCUGGUUGUUUGUGCGAGCCCGGCGGAGAGAAACUUGUUAGCAGAAACCUCCAAAAUCGCAGAGAAGAACAAAGCCUUCUUCAAGAGUAAAGAAGAUUCCCGGAAAAUCGUUGCCGACGGCCUCCGAUCUCUAGGCUACACCGCCUCCAUCUGCAGAUCCAAAUGGGAAAAGACCUCCAAAAUCCCAGCAGGUGUCUACGAGUAUAUCGAUGUAAAAGUCGAAGGAGAUAGAGUGUUGAUCGAUGUAGAUUUCCGGUCGGAGUUCGAGAUCGCGAGGUCGACGGGAGGUUACAAGGCGGUUUUGCAGUCUCUGCCGUUCAUUUUCGUCGGAAAACCCGACCGGCUUCUGCAGAUCGUGUCGAUCGUGUCGGAGGCGGCCAAGCUGAGUUUGAAGAAGAAGGGGAUGCACAUCCCGCCCUGGCGCAAGGCGGAGUACAUGAAAGCCAAGUGGCUCAGCCCUUACACCCGCACUCCGCCGCCGCGAGCCGAGCCGGUAGCGGCUAGGGACGGGAUCCAAGCGGAAGCCGGGAGCGAGUGCGGGGAAUUAGAUCUGAUUUUUGGAGAAAAAGAGAUGUUCCUGGCUAAUGACGAGAAGGCGACAUCGGCUCUCUCGCCGCCGUCAAAGAAGCCGGAGGUGAUAAGAUGGCAACCGCCGGAGAUAAAGCCAAAAGGGUGUGAGAAAAGAAACCAGUUCGUAGCCACCGGGUUGGCGGCCCUCUUCAAGGAAAAGUCCUAAAAAAAUAUACGGAGUAAAUAAAUUAUACGGAAAUUGAAAAUUCCAACAUGACUACCCGGUAAUUUUUUCAAAAAAAAAAACAUAUAGGGAGAGAUGUAUGCAAUAUAAUCGGAAACAUUUUUACCACUUAAUUAAGUUAAUUUUUUUGUGCCUUGUUUUUUUUGUUGAAAGUUGUAACUUGGAGGGUGUUACGUUCCACCAUGUAAAGAACACAUAACCCCCAUGUAUUAUACUACUUUCAACAUACAAUAAGAUAUACCGAUUAUUGAAUACAUUUUAAAAAUACAGUCUUAAAAUUCACGUAAGAAAUAGAUUUUGUCAUA